AUGCCGAGAAAUCACCAAGUUCCCAUCCACCAAGUCCCCUCCAACAUGUACAACAUGUACGAAGAAUUCGAGGUUGAGGAUUGUUUAAACCGAAGGUCCCUCAUUAGGGAAUUUCAACGUAAUGGAAGGGAUGCUACAGUGGACCAGGCCGGACCAGCCAAUGACAACGGUGAGGUAGAGCUGGACGGCGAAGUCUUGCUAUAUUGCGAGGCUUUGCUGGCCAGCGAAGCUUCACCAUUAGGCAUCGGCGAUUCGGCCGGGGAACCUGAGCAGCUGUCUGAUGGACAAGAUUCAAAUUUAGAGCAACCCGCCAUCUUGCUACCGGCCAUCUUGCUCCCGGCCGUCGUGCCGCCGGCCGUCGAGCCGCCGGCCGUCGAGACCCCUGCCAUCAUGCCACCGUCCGUCGUGCCACCAAUGGCAUCAAAACAAGUGGAACAGGCUAUGGCGUUGCUGGGCCAAGGGUUUCGGCUUUUGGGGCCUGUCCUGAGUCACUUGGUGGCAAGUGAAAAGGCAGGACUACCUGGUCCUUCAUCCCCUAUAGUAUGUCCUUCAUCCCCUCUACCUGGUCCUUCAUCCCCUCCACUAUGUCCUUCAUCCCCUCUACCUGGUCCUUCAUCCCCUCCAGUAUGUCCUUCAUCCCCUCUACCAGGUCCUUCAUCCCCUAGACCAGGUAGUUCAACGCCUCGUCCUGACCACCAUUCAGGAUCACCCAAAGCCGGUCCAGCAUCGCCUAUCGCCGGUCCAUCAAAAGGGAAAAAAAUCCGGUCGGAGGAGAAAAAAUUAAAAUACAAAAAAUGCAUUAAGUGCAAAACAAAAGGCCACAUAUCUAAAUUUUGCCCCAAGAAGGUCAAACAUACCACUGGGCCAGUAGAUCCUGCUCAUGUACAUGCACAUGUACCACCCCCAUUUCUGAAUUUCCCUCCUCCAGUACUUUUUCCUCCUUCUUUUCCGCCUCCUCCUGUAAUUCUUCCUCCUUCCUUUCCGCCUCCUCCCCAUUACGACCCACGUCCUCCUUUUCCCGUUCCGCAUCCCACCUUCCACUACCCUAACUUUAAUGCCAAUAAUUUCCACCCUCCAUUUUAA